UCCGCUUUCUUCCGGUUAUACUUACAACGUCCCUACGCGUUAUCAAGUUUAGUGACCUUGCUGAAACUAGAUUAGUUCGACAUUCUCUCAAUCAUGGAACAACAGGCACAAGCAACAAGCGGAAGAAUCGUCGUUUUGGCUGUGGACGGAAGUGAUCCUGCCAAAAAGUCAUUCGACUGGUACUUGGAUAAUGUCCAUAAGGAAGGAGACAAUGUUUUUAUAGUAACAGUGGGCGAGUUAGCUGGAAAGAUUGACCUUGGAUUUUUCCCUGGCAAGUACUCAGAUGACAGAAUUAAAGAAAUUGUACAACAGGCCAAAGAGGAGAGUACCCGUGUAGAGACAAUGCUGGCCGAUUAUGUGGAUAGUCUUCGUGCUAAAAGGAUUCAUGGCGAGGGGAGACAACUUACAGAGAAAAAUGCUGGUCAAGCCAUCUGUGAUUUUGCAGAGAAGAAUGGAGCGUCACUGAUUUGUAUGGGGACCCGAGGCCAGGGACUUGUUCGCAGAACAAUGCUUGGCAGCGUUAGCGACUACAUCAUCCACCACUCCAAGUGUCCGUGCAUCCUUGUUCAUUAACCUUGCCAGAAUAAAGAUCUACGCUAGAGUGUUGUUAAUAAUCAUGUGAUCUACAUGUGGGACGCGGUUCUGGUUGCAUCAUGCUCGCUCACAAUCAUGCAUGGUCUAUUUGGUGCACGAAAUUUUAAUCUGAUACAUGUAUCUAACAUUGCAGACAUAAUAUUCCAGUAUUUUUAUCUGGUACAAAGUAUUUUAUAAAUAAGACACAUGUUUACACAUGCCAAUCUCCCACAUUUUUACACUUUAUAUAACAUGUUUAUCGCUUAAUUUGUUGGCGAUGCUAUUUAAAUCUAUUCUUGUUGAAAUGUAUCAUUUAUGUGUGUAUAAAAUGUCCUUUAAAUUGAACCCCUUAAAAAUUCACAUGAUUAUUAGCAGCUUUAGCAGUAACGCAAUGUUACUAAUAUUUGUGACCCAAUCUGAUAGAAGUGAUUGUAGGGAGGUCGUUAUGACUCCAGUAGAUAUGCACCCAGAAUUUUGAAUCACCACUUUCACAUCGAGAACAGAUAUAAACCUUUAAUCAAACUCGGGGCAUUUUACCAUUUUUUGUUAAUUUUACAUAGAACUGAAUUUUCAGAUCCAACAAUAUUUAAAAUGAUACUUCGCAGUACUGUUCCACUAACCAUGUUUCUGUUCAGUAAUUAGUCAAGACUUGGAUAUAUGAAUUUCCCUGGUUCGUGGGAUUGGAUAUCUUGUCUGAGUGAAAUGUGAACCCCGGUUAUAAUAUCCACCUGAUCCUGUUCACUUAAUUUUUGUGCUACCAUAUCAAUUGUUAUUUUCGUUAACCUGUGCAACCUUAAACCAAAAAUGUGAAGUUUUAAAAUCAGAAUUUGGGUAAAAUAUGCAUUUAGUAAGAAGUAGCUUUAAAAAUUUGGAGAUGUCAGGACAUGUUUGUAUGGUAUUAUAUGUAAACCAAUGUGGGAUAUGACUUGCCUGGUUUCCCACCUAUAAGUGUAAUGCACUAACAGUUACGCAAUUUAUGUGUGCAAUGUUUAUGAUAUUGUAAGUUUGUCAGCGAAAUAAAUAUAAAGAUGUGUAUCUCGUUCCUAUGAAAGUUUCUCCUGUAAAAACUCUGUAUUUUAAUAUUUGACUCUGGCAUAAUAUAAUCACACUUUGUAAGAAACGUAGUCUUUUUUCUCUCUGGGAACUAGUAUUAAUGACAGGUCAUUCUUUAGAAAGAACUGUUUUAACAGCAAUAGAAAUUUUAUACAUAUAUAUACGCAUUGGUUUAACAAUAUAGAAACAUGUACACAACUUACUUGUAUAUAUUGUUGGCGGUCACUGCGUUUCUUUAUGUAACUUCGCAGGUGAUUGAUAUGUUGUUGCACCCAUAUCUUUGCUCGUAGUUUUCUUUAGUUUGUUGUUGUAGGAAUACUACUUUGUAGCUUUUAAGAAGUUUUCUUAAACGGAUACCUCUGUUCUGUUCUUUUUUAACAUUCCAUCAACACCUUUUUUUAAGGAGUGCUUACUCAUCGACAGGAAUGGAGUAUAUAAGUUGGGGCCUUUUUCUGUUUUAUAUGCAUGCCGCAAGGUGGAGGGGUUUAGUUCUCAAAAAUGUCAUUAGUUAUAUAGUCCAACAGCUGAAAUAACCAUGCUUCAGGGACCAAAUCAGACCCAUUAUUUGCAGAUCUGAACAGAUAAGGUUUCAACAUUAAAAUCUGCAGUUUAAUCCAAAUAGAUUCUAUAUUAUCGGAAUUGUGAAUUUUUUUGUGUAAUUGUGAAUGGUUUGAUUAUAACUCGGUACUAAAUUAAAUUCCACAUAUUUAUGUACAUGGAAAACACUUGGAAGAUAAUUUUGGAAGAACACGCCAGCCCUUUGAAAAAUAAACUCUUCUUAUGUUUGAUAUCAAAAUAAAGAACAUUUUUAUCAUAGAAAACGUAGUGGAACACUAGGAUAUCCUUUGAAGAGAAGAAUCAUGUCCCUAAAGUCAGAUAUUUGGAAAAUAGCUUGCUAUGCAUUUAUAAGAUUUUUUUGUAAUAAACACUCUUACCCAGUUA